UCCGUCCUGUGCGUUUCUCCUGUGUCGUUACAGCUCGGCGGGAGUUGAUCUCCGGGCCUGCUCGCGGCGUGUUGUGGCGGAGAAGCGGCCCUUUGAAGGCACCGAGCACCCGCAGUCAUGGCGGACGUAACCGCCCGCAGCCUGCAGUACGAGUACAAGGCGAACUCGAAUCUUGUUCUCCAAGCUGACCGCUCCCUCAUUGACCGGACCCGCCGGGAUGAACCCACUGGAGAGGUGCUGUCAUUGGUUGGGAAGUUGGAGGGCACCCGUAUGGGAGAUAAGGCUCAACGGACCAAACCUCAAAUGCAGGAGGAAAGAAGAGCCAAGCGAAGAAAGCGUGAUGAGGACCGCCAUGACAUCAACAAGAUGAAGGGUUAUACUCUGCUGUCAGAGGGCAUUGAUGAGAUGGUGGGCAUCAUCUACAAACCCAAAACUAAGGAGACCCGGGAGACCUAUGAGGUGCUUCUCAGCUUCAUCCAGGCUGCUCUUGGGGACCAGCCACGUGAUAUCCUUUGUGGGGCAGCCGAUGAAGUUCUAGCUGUCCUGAAGAACGAAAAGCUUCGUGACAAGGAAAGGCGAAAGGAGAUUGACCUGCUUUUGGGUCAGACAGAUGAUACCAGAUACCAUGUGCUAGUGAACUUGGGCAAAAAGAUCACAGACUAUGGUGGAGACAAGGAAAUCCAAAAUAUGGAUGACAACAUUGAUGAGACCUACGGAGUGAAUGUGCAGUUUGAGUCUGAUGAAGAGGAAGGUGAUGAAGAUGUAUAUGGAGAGGUUCGAGAAGAGGCAUCUGAUGAUGAUAUGGAAGGGGAUGAGGCUGUUGUGCGCUGUACCCUCUCAGCUAAUCUUGUGGCCUCAGGUGAACUGAUGAGUUCCAAGAAGAAAGAUUUACACCCCCGGGAUAUUGAUGCAUUCUGGCUGCAGCGGCAGCUCAGUCGUUUCUAUGAUGAUGCUAUUGUGUCACAGAAGAAAGCAGAUGAAGUGUUGGAGAUUUUGAAGACGGCAAGUGAUGACCGAGAAUGUGAGAACCAAUUGGUUCUGCUCCUUGGCUUUAACACUUUUGAUUUUAUUAAAGUGUUACGGCAGCACAGGAUGAUGAUUUUAUAUUGUACCUUACUGGCCAGUGCUCAGAGUGAAGCUGAAAAGGAGAGGAUCAUGGGAAAGAUGGAAGCUGAUCCAGAGCUAUCCAAAUUCCUCUACCAGCUCCAUGAAACUGAGAAGGAGGAUUUGAUCCGAGAGGAAAGGUCACGGAGAGAGCGAGUUCGUCAGUCCCGAAUGGAUACAGAUUUGGAAACCAUGGAUCUGGACCAGGGUGGAGAGGCAUUGGCUCCACGGCAGGUCUUAGACUUAGAGGACCUAGUUUUCACUCAAGGGAGUCACUUCAUGGCUAACAAACGCUGUCAGCUUCCUGAUGGAUCCUUCCGUCGCCAGCGUAAGGGCUAUGAAGAGGUGCAUGUCCCUGCUCUGAAGCCCAAACCCUUCGGCUCAGAAGAACAACUGCUUCCAGUGGAGAAGCUGCCGAAAUAUGCCCAGGCUGGAUUUGAGGGCUUCAAGACACUGAAUCGGAUCCAGAGUAAACUCUACCGUGCUGCCCUGGAAUCAGAUGAGAAUCUGCUGCUGUGUGCUCCUACUGGUGCUGGGAAGACCAACGUGGCCCUGAUGUGUAUGCUUCGAGAGAUAGGGAAACACAUAAACAUGGAUGGCACUAUCAACGUGGAUGACUUCAAGAUCAUCUACAUUGCUCCCAUGAGGUCCUUGGUGCAGGAAAUGGUGGGAAGUUUUGGAAAGCGCCUGGCCACUUAUGGCAUCACUGUUGCUGAACUGACUGGGGACCACCAGCUGUGCAAGGAGGAGAUCAGUGCCACACAGAUCAUCGUCUGUACGCCCGAAAAGUGGGACAUCAUCACCCGCAAGGGCGGUGAGCGUACCUACACUCAGCUGGUGCGGCUUAUUGUCCUGGAUGAGAUCCAUCUUCUCCAUGAUGACAGAGGCCCUGUCUUAGAAGCUUUGGUGGCCAGGGCCAUUCGAAACAUUGAGAUGACCCAAGAGGAUGUCCGGCUCAUUGGUCUCAGUGCUACCCUCCCUAACUAUGAAGACGUGGCCACCUUUCUGCGUGUCGACCCUGCCAAGGGCCUCUUCUACUUUGACAAUAGCUUCCGCCCAGUGCCUCUGGAACAGACGUAUGUGGGCAUCACAGAGAAAAAAGCUAUCAAGCGUUUCCAGAUCAUGAAUGAAAUAGUUUAUGAAAAAAUUAUGGAACAUGCUGGAAAAAAUCAGGUGCUGGUGUUUGUCCAUUCUCGGAAGGAGACUGGGAAGACGGCCCGGGCCAUCCGGGAUAUGUGCCUGGAGAAGGACACUUUAGGUCUGUUUCUGCGAGAGGGCUCUGCCUCCACGGAGGUCCUUAGGACGGAAGCAGAACAGUGCAAGAACCUGGAGCUGAAGGAUCUUCUUCCUUAUGGCUUUGCUAUUCAUCAUGCAGGCAUGACCAGAGUUGAUAGAACACUUGUGGAGGAUCUUUUUGCUGAUAAACAUAUUCAGGUAAGAUCAGGCAACGCUUUUGAGGGAGCAGUUG